AUGUCUGUCUCUGGCUGCAAGAUGGCGGCAGCAGCGGAGCCUGGCGCGGAGCUGUCCGGGGCUCCGCGGGAGCCGGUGCUGGGGGCGCAGGUGGAGCGCGGCGGGAGGGCAGCGUCCCUCCGCCCGCCCGAGAUCGCCAUGCGGCUGGAGAGCGCCCGCCGGGAGCUCAGCAACAGGCGCAAGGUGCUGCUGAGAAACCUGCCCGAGGAGAGCAGCAGCCAGGAAAUCCAUGAACUAUUCAAAGAUUAUGAAUUAAAGUACUGUUAUGUGGACAGAAAUAAAAGAACAGCAUUUGUUACUCUGCAGAAUGGAGAGCAGGCUCAAAAUGCAAUUAGGAUGUUUCACCAGUAUUCUCUUCGCGGAAAAGAAAUAUCAGUGCAGCUCCAACCAACAGACGCUUUGCUGUGCGUUACCAAUUUGCCCACCUUAUUUUCAUUACAAGAGUUUGAGGAACUAGUGUGUGCAUAUGGCAACGUUGAGAGAUGUUUUUUGGUCUAUAGUGAAGUUACUGGCCAUUCCAAGGGCUACGGGUUUGUGGAAUACAUGAAAAAGGACUCUGCUGCAAAGGCUAGAAUGGAACUCCUGGGGAAGCAAUUAGGUGAAAACACCCUCUUUGCACAGUGGAUGGAUGUUAAUCAGUUGACUACUGAUCUUGUUCAUUCUAAGUGCCUUUGUGUAGAUAAACUCCCCAAUGACUACACUGAUUCAGAGGAACUGAUGCAAAUGUUCUCAUUUAAGUAUAAACCUGUGUUCUGCCAGUUUGCUGAGGACGAAGGCGGUUAUAUUGGUGGCUUUGCAGUGGUUGAGUAUGAGACUGCAGAGCAGGCUGAGGAAGUGCGAGAAGUCACAGAUGGUAUGACUAUCAGAGGAAAGAGAGUCCGAGUAUCAUACUGUGCUCCUGGCGCACCAGGACGAAGCACAUUAGCUGCAUUUAUAGCAGCACAACGUAUGAUGAGAAACAAUAGAAAGGGAUUGCUUCCAGAGCCAAAUCCAGUGCAGAUUAUGAAGAGUUUAAAUAACCCAGCCAUGUUACAAAUGUUACUGCAGCCCCAGUUGUGUAGAUAUGCUCGUAAACGUGCAGUUCUUGGAGUAUCUGCUGGUUUACCUCAUCUUAUAAAUACAGCAGUCAGUCCAGGAUUUUUCCAUUUGAAUAAAGUACACCAGAAUUCUGUUCUGGGGAAUACAUCUAAUUUAAUGCUACAGAACCUCUCACACCUACAACUGGCACAGAAACAACUAAUUACAAUUGAGAAUAUUCAAACUAACAGUAAACCUGGCUUGCUUGGAGAGCCUCCACCAAUGUUACUUCAGACAGUAUUGGGAACAAGGCCAAUACCAUCAGUGAGUGCAGACCUGGGAAACCAUGGAGAAGCGCAUACAUGUGCUCCCCCUGAAGUGUUCUGUGUGCACACCAUGGCUUCUCAGCAGCUAGCCAAUAGAAGCAGAAGGUUAACCAAACAUCUUCCCUAUUCCCGGAUGAUGAAAAAAUUGAGCAGGGAUUAUCCAUUGGGAUCAGAUGGGCAAGUUCUACACAAUCAGUUUCAUAGAAUUGUAGCAUCUAAUGUGACUCCAAAUCAAACAGCAGCAGCAACAGGGAUGGGCAUCUUGCCAUUCUUUCCAAAUCAGCCCGUUGUUGGACAAGCGAUGCCAGGGCAAAAUAAUACUCAGGAUAAACAAUCAACUACAGUGGGACUGUCAGAAGGAGCUGGCGCAGGGUCGCAGGCUUAUCUUCAGAGCUUAACAAAUUUUACUGCUGGAGGCUUGCGCACAGAACAUCCCCAACAGCAAAGUCAGCCAAAAAGCACUGAUACAAGUUCAGGGAUUCCCUCAAGAAAACAGACUUCGCUCCUGGGGGAACCACCCAAAGAAAUCCAUCUUAGUACCAAUCCCUACUUGAAUUUGGCAAGCGUGUUGCGUGGUGUGUGUCUUUCAGCAGUUGCCAGCAAAGCAACUAGUACACAGCAGCACACUGGACUUUCAAGCAACAUAGUGGAUGCUGCAGUCUCUCAGGGAACUACAUCACAACAUGCAAUGGAAAACUACUUUAAUUAUUCUCAACAGUACGGGGAUUAUACACAGGAGGCUGUGCAGCUGUGGUAUCAGCAUUAUGCGCAGGCAUACAAUGCUACUCAAGCAAGAGUAGGUGAAUUUGAAAAUGAAGCUUCUGAGGAACCUGCUAUAUCUUAUGGAGACUACAAUACUUAUUUGCAGGUUAUGCCUUCAUAUUACACUGGAGCCCAGGGAUCAUACCAGCCAGGCAGCUUUCAGCUUACUCCACAGAAUCCAUUACAUAAGGUGGCACCAGUAAGAAGUGAAAAGCGAAGCUACUCACACCUCAUUUCUUCCCCAGAAGCUGGCCCAAUUGAAUAUAUUGGCCAGCACACUCAGGGCACAGCAUCAAAUUAUGCAGAAUCCUAUCUUAAAAAAAAGCGUUUGAGAUCCAAUCAACCAAUCCUGCCUUAAAGCCAACAGGUGACCUUUUUGUACCUCUGUAUUUAUUACUGCCUUAACUUCAUACCCAUCAAUCUUUAUAUAGGGUG